AUGCGUGUCGCCAUCGCCGGUGGAACUAGUCCGACCUUAGGAUGUUCGAUUGUAUCAGCCUUACAAGCCACCAAAGGCCGGUAUACCCCGGUUAUACUAUCUCGUAAGGACAAAACGCCAACUGAAGAGGGAUCCAAUACACAAAAUGGUGGAGUUGACAUGCGAUGCGUGGACUAUCACUCUCACGACUCUCUGGUGCUUGCGCUGAGUGAUGUGCAUGCAGUCAUCAGUGUCUUGCUUAUCCCAGGGCCCGACUGGGUGACAGCUCAGGUGAAUCUCCUCCACGCUGCGGAGGCUGCUGGCUGCCAACGUUUUGCCCCGUCUGAGUUCGCACUCACAUCAUUCGCUCACACCAUGGUUGACCUGUUGAACGCCAAGAACACAGUUUGGAACGCUGUUCAUGCAUCGGUCGAACAAGGCAAAAUUGAUGCUGCCCGUUUCCCGUGCGGAAUGUUCAUGAACUAUUUGGGGAUAGGAUGCCCGGAGGCAAAGCGUGCGGAUGCCCUGGCUGGAUUUCAAGAGGGUCCGUUCCUGGUUCACCUAGACAGCAGCCCGCCGUGGGUUGAAGUUCCCGUCCGACGUGAUAAUAGAAUGCCUGACAUAACAAUGACCGACAUCCGAGAUGUCGGCAGAUUUGUUGUUGCAGCUCUGGACAUGAAAGAGCAGUGGGGUGGCCGUGAGCUAGGAAUGGCGGGCGAGACCUUAGGCUUUGAGAAACUAAUACGUAUCUGCGAAAGGUAUAUUGGAUAUCCAAUUGAGGUCCGAAGGGUGCAGGAAGAUGAGCUUAGAGCAAGGCUGUCAGCAAUGCGCCCAGAACAAGUCAUUCCUCGUAUGGAAUGUCAACUGGAAAUUGUUUGUUCACGUGGCGCAUCUGUUGUGCCAUCUACACUCAACUUGUCACCUUCACAGCCCACAACUGUUGAGCAAUACAUGAAGCUCUACUGGGGAUAG